GCUGCUUCCAGGGAGACUGAAGCCUGAUCAGUAUCUGCACACUUAUCAGAGCCUUGUGGUCAUCGUUAGAUAAAUAAACAACCAGAAUGCUGUACAUUGCUUUCUUUGUUUUGCUUGGAGCAGCCUGUGUGCUGGGUGAUGCAGACAAGCAUCCACUCUAUUCCUUCUCCCCAACCGUGGGUUCAGGCAGUGGCACAUCGUACAGUCUGUCAGGAGAGGGCAGAGUUACCGGAGUCAGGGUGUGGGAGGCCAAUAACAACUAUAUCUACGGUUUCCAGUUCCGUUUCGGCUACAUCUGGUCUGAAGUCGUUGGCUUGAAGAGUGGAAAUUCCCAGGAAAUGCAGCUGUCUGAAGGUGAGGCCAUCAUCCAGCUGUCUGGGAAAUAUAACCACUACAUCCAGUCAGUGGUGUUCACCACCUCCAGAGGCCGCACUCUGCAAGCUGGUCAGCCCUCAGGGAGAUCUUUUAACUUUUAUCCAGAGCACAGCAUGGCUGAGCUGUGCAUCAUCAGCGGGCGCUACCAUGGAGGCAUCACCGCUCUCGGGGCGCACUGGGCCGUCAUUGCUGAUCCAUACACAAACAGAAACAGCAACAGUACCGCUCUGUGGUGAGGAGGAAAAAAGGCCAAAAGCAUUAAAAUUAUGAUGAUUUAUAGUUCUGUUGUGAAUUUUGUGGGUUUGAAGUCAUAAUUUUCUCUUAUUGUAUAAAAAUAUUAGCUGUUCAGUUUCAUUAGUCUUU